GAGAGGAGAUCAUCUCACCCUAAAUAGCCUACAACCACCAGCCCCAGAUGUAGAAUGAGAAUGACAACACAACAGAAAACACAGAAGCCAUGAGAAAAACUGAAUUAUACGGAAACUGUCGCGUGGAAUUGGCUGUAUGAUGGAGCGCUUUGAGAAGCCGCGGUUCUUCCUGCGGAUUACUCUUCUCUUCACUAUCCUAUGUGAGUCAAUUUCUUGUUGUGAGAGGACUCACUCACAUGCUGAAGAUGAUCUCUUCAAAAAGCUCUUUGAUGGCUACAACAAGUGGUCAAGGCCUGUACCAAACACCUCUGAUGUUGUCAUCGUCAAGUUCGGUUUAUCUAUCGCCCAGCUGAUUGAUGUGGAUGAGAAGAAUCAGAUGAUGACAACAAAUGUCUGGCUAAAGCAGGAGUGGAAUGACUAUAAACUACGCUGGAAGCCUUCAGACUAUGACAAUGUGACUUCUAUCAGGGUUCCGUCUGAACUUAUCUGGGUCCCGGAUAUAGUCUUGUACAACAAUGCAGACGGGGAGUUUGCAGUGACCCACAUGACCAAAGCCCACCUCUUCCACACAGGUAAAGUGCGCUGGGUUCCACCUGCCAUCUACAAGAGCUCAUGCAGCAUCGAUGUCACCUUCUUCCCCUUUGACCAGCAGAACUGCAAGAUGAAAUUCGGCUCGUGGACUUACGACAAAGCCAAGAUCGACCUGGAGCGCACCGAGAACACGGUGGACUUGAAAGAUUACUGGGAGAGCGGCGAGUGGGCCAUCAUCAAUGCUGUUGGCACCUACAACACCAAGAAGUAUGACUGCUGCCAUGAGAUCUACCCAGACAUUACCUACUUCUUCAUCAUUCGCCGUCUCCCGCUCUUCUACACCAUCAACCUCAUCAUUCCCUGCCUGCUCAUCUCCUGCCUAACUGUGCUGGUUUUCUACCUCCCGUCAGACUGCGGUGAGAAGAUCACACUGUGUAUCUCAGUCCUCCUCUCGCUCACUGUCUUCCUGCUGCUCAUCACAGAAAUCAUCCCGUCCACCUCGCUCGUGAUCCCGCUCAUCGGCGAAUAUCUGCUCUUCACUAUGAUCUUCGUCACCCUGUCCAUCGUUAUCACCGUCUUCGUGCUUAACGUCCAUCACCGCUCGCCCAGCACUCAUAAGAUGCCCCAUUGGGUUCACUCGGUCUUCUUGGAUUUGAUCCCACGGUGGCUGUUUAUGCGCAGACCUGCACCGGACAGCCGUCGCAGGCAGAAACUCCUCCUCCUGCAGCGGCAGGGCCAAGGAAUGACGUCCCGGGUGCUUGGACCGGCAAACUCAACCCUCAGUACGUCUACUAGCUGGUUCAGAGGGGAGAACUCUGGGGAGGAGUCCCGCAGGCGCUACUGUUAUAAGGACUUAGAACUGGGGACGCUCUCCUCCGCGAUCUCACUGUCACUCCAAACUGCUUCGCCCUGCCCUCUUGGCUCAACUCCACCUACUCUACAGAAUUUCGGUCCUUCCCCUAGACUGGAGAUGGGCGUGGCUUCCAGGCAGCCCAGUGGAAGAGCUACUGUCACGAAGCGGCCUGACAACCUGAUAGCAGACAAGCCAGGGUUUCCUCUGUCCCCCAGUGUCCUGCAAGCUCUGGAGGGGGUCCACUACAUAGCAGACCACCUGAGAGCAGAAGACGCUGACUUUAGUGUAAAAGAGGACUGGAAGUAUGUUGCUAUGGUAAUAGACAGAAUCUUCUUAUGGAUGUUCAUCAUAGUGUGUUUGCUGGGCACAAUCGGGCUGUUUCUCCCGCCCUGGCUCGCAGGCAUGAUCUAGAAAACACUCCAGUGAGUACAUAUGAACAAU